AUCCAUGUGUUAUUUAGAAGUAUGGUUUUUAGUUUCUAAAAACACAGGGAUUGGGGUUUGUUCUGUUGUUGUUAUUGAUUUAUUCUUCAGUUCUACUGCAGAUAAACAGAUUAUGAUUAUAAUCCUUUGAAAUUUGUUGAGACUAGCUAUACCCCGUAUGUGAUCAGUUUUGUAAACAUUACAUUUGUUGUUACUGUUAUGUGCAGUCAAGUCCAGUUCAUAGCAACCAUACAUGAGAGAGUAGAACUGUCCCAUAUGGUUUUCUACACCGUCACCUUUACGUGAGCAGAUCGCCAGGUCUUUUCUCCCUUGGAGCUGCUGGUUCAUUUGAACUGCUGACCUUUUUGGUUAGCAGCUGAGUACUUAACCAUUGCACCACUGGGGCUCCUUAAAUAUGUAUUUAAAAAGAACAUGCAUUCUGCAGUUUUGGCUCAGAUUUUUAUGUAUGUUGGUUUUGUUAAAUGUUUUUAUAAAUCUUCGAUAUACUUAGUAAUUUUUUUCUGUUUGUUUUUAUCAGUUAUUGAAAGAAGUAUAAUUAACAUCUCCCAGUGUGAUUAUGGGUGUGUCUAGUUUUCCUUUUAGUUUUUUAAAUUUUAGUUUUGGGGUUAUGUAUUAGGUAUAUGAAAUUUAGAGUAUACCCUGAUGAACUGAACUCUUAUGAAAUGGCUAUCUUUAUAAUACUUUAUAUUAAUGCACUCUUGCUAGUUUUCUUUUUGUUAAUAUUUGCAUGGUACAUUUCAUUCUUACCCUUUUCUUUUUAAGCUUUUGAUGUCUUAUAUUUAAGGUGUGUCUUUUGCAAGCAGAUAUGGGUGGGUUUUUGUUUUGUUGUUGUUAUUUUCAACCUAGUUUCAUAAUUGCUGUCUUUUAUUGAAGUUGAGCCCUGGUGGCACAGUGUUUAAGGGCUCAGCUGCUAACCAAAAGGUCAUUGGUUCAAAUCCACCAGCUGCUCCUUGGAAACUUUAUGGAGCAGUUCUCCUCUUCCUGUAGGGUCACUAGGAGCCGGAGUCCACUCAAUGGCAAUGGGUUUUUGGUUUAUUGAAGUUAGUCUGUUUAUGUUCAGCGUAACUGCUGAUAUAUUUGUGUUUAAAUCUACUAUCUUACUAUGUGCUUUCCAUUCAUUUUGCUCUUUUUUCUUUCUUAUUUGUUGGAAGGGGGAGUUGAUAUAGCAUUUUGUAUUAUUUUUUUCUAAUAGCUUGGUAUUUAUCUAUUCUUUCGCUAUUCUUUUAUUGAUUACCCUAGAGAUAGAAACAUGAAUCCUUAGUUUACAAAGUCUAAUAUAAAUCAAUUAUUAUAUCUCUUCUGAGCUAAUGCAAGGAACUCAAAACACUUUUAACUCCAUUUACACUAUUUAGAUUAUUGUUGUGUACUUAAAUUGUAUAUGUAUUUUAAACCUAGAAAACAUUAUUAUUAUUGUCUUAUUGUUAUUGUGAUAAUGAUAAAAUAUUGUUGUUAUUAUUAAGUAAUCAGUGUUUAUUUAAAUUAACCCACAUACUUUACCCCUUCCAUUGCUUUUCAUUCUGUUUGCAUUUUCUGAGUUUUCAUCAAAGAUCCUUUUCCUCCUACCUGAAGAACUUCUUUAGUUUCCAUAUUGCAGGCCUGCUGGUAAUGUAGUUUUUGCUUGUAUGAAUUAUAUCUUAUUUAACUUUUAUUUUUGGAGGAUAUUUUUGCUGGCGUAGAAUGUUUGAUUGGCAGUUAUUUUCUUUCAGCACUUUGAAGAUGUCAUUUUAUUAUCUUCUGACUUCUGUUGUUACAGUUGAGAAGUCAGUUUUGCUUGUAGUAUUGCUCCUUUGAAGUUAAUGUGACUUUUCUUCUCUGGCUACUUAAUUUUUUUAUCUUUAGUUUUUGGUAUUUGUACUGUGAUGUGCUUAGGUGUAGUUGUCUUUGUAUUCAUAUGGCUUUGCUUUCUGGUAGUGAUUUUGGAAUCUUUGGCUUGAUGUCUUUCGUCAGUUAUGGAAAAUGAUUAGCUACUAUCUCUUGGAAACUUCUGCUUCAUUUUUUUCAUUUGCGAAACGUUUUAGAUCUUUGCAUCAAAUCCCAUAUAUCUUUUAUGCUCUUUUGUUUCUCAUUUUUUCUUCUGUAUACUUUCUUUUGAAUAUAAUCUUCAAGUUAACUAAUUCUCUUUUCAUCUGUGUCUUCUCUAAUGUUAAACCCAUUCAUUGAGUUCUUAUUUACUUUUCUAAUUGUAUCCUUUCCAUUUAACUUCUUUUUAUUUUUCUUGCAUUCUACUGAAAUUCUCAAUCUUUUAAUUUCUUGAGCAUAUUAAGCACUGUUAAAAUCCAUGUGCAAUACGUCGUGUAGGUUUCUAUUUUUUUGUUGUUGUUUUAAUUUUGUUUCUCUUACCUUUUCAUGAUACUGCCUUAUUUCUUCAUAUACAGUGAAACCUGUGAGAACUGAAACUCGGGACAGCCUUGUUUUUCCAGGUCUUGCAAGGUUUCCGCUUUGACAUGGUGCCGUCUUACCACUUUUCUGUUGCCCUGUUUGUGGAAAAUAUUUGCAUAUUCCUUCUCUGAAAGUUUUCCAUCUUAUGCAGGUUCCGACUUUCACAAGUUUUACUGUAUUUGGUUAUUUCUGUUUGUGUUCUGGAUACUGUAUAUGAAAGUUAAAGAGAUCAAGAUGAUCUCCUCCUUCAGAGAGGAUUUAUGUCUGCUUCUGACAGGCAGGAGUACUAGCAAUUCUGGAUCAGAUUAAUCCCAUCAGCAGUUUGGAUGAUUUGAAGUUUAAGAAUAGUGGUAGCCUGGUCAUCUUGUGGUUAAUUAGAUAUUGCGAUUUAUUGCCAUAUAAUUAUUUUGUAUGUGAGGGCUGACCUCUUUGCAGUUCUCUCUUACUCCUCAGCUAUAUUCUUAAAGUCUGGGGCAUUACAAUAUCCCCCUCCUCCCAUGGUUUUUCCCAUGGUAAGCUCUUAAUUCUAAUUUUUAUCCUUUUUGCCUUGUGUGUCUUAUUUAAAGCUUUGCUUAUAUUCUUUGCCUCUUGUAGAAUUGCCAGGUGUUUUUAGGAAGAAAGUGAUUCCAAAUGCAAGGCUUACCUCUAAGUUUCUGUUCUCCUGUAUCUUGGUCCUGUAAUUUUUAGUGCCUUGUUUGUUCUUUGAUUCCUUCAAACAAAAAAAUAAAACUUUUUUUUUUUGGUCUUGCUUUUCUAGUUCUCAUUGGCACGUAUUUUGCCAUAACCAGAACUUGUCUUUGUGUGUAGUAAUUUUUAUUCCUGCUUUUAAAUAGUUAAUGAAUAUGCAUGCCGAACUAGUCACACACAACUUGAUUUUAAUCAAAGCACAGUAAUUACGUUGCAUAUUUUUGUAAAGACUAGGUAUAAAUUAAUAUGAAAAGUUAAGUAUCUCAGUUUUUAUGGAUUUCUUAUCAUAACUUUUAAAUAUUGUUAACAACUAAAAUAUGGAUGCUCAACCAUUUUUAUAAUUUUAAGGUAUAUACAAUUUUAUUAAUGGUUUAUUGCAAAAACCCAUCUGAAGACUAGUAAAGGUCAAAGGUAAAGUUAAGCAAUAUAAUGAAUGACGAAUACUAUUCAAAUAUAAAUGUACCCAGUUUAAAGGACUUAUUUUUGAGAUUAUGUCCAUUUUACUUUUUUGUGAUUAAAAUCUUUUUUUAUGAAUUGAUGGUAAAUCCAGAUAGUAGUUCAACUUUAAAUUGUUUUAUUUGUCAAAAUAAAAGUUAACAACCUUUAUGUCCCUAUCCUUCACUUUAUUUUUUUAAACUUUACUAGUCCAUGAAAUCUGAAAGUCUGGAAACAUCAUUUUGCUUUACUUACUAGUAUACUAAUAUUGUUAGGUGCCAUCAAGUCAGUUCUGUUUCAUAGCAACCCUAUGUACAACAGAAUGAAACGCUGCCCAGUCCUGCACCAGCUCCAUAAUCAGUAUUCUAAUAAAAUAAUUAAUUGAAAUACUUCUCUUUUUUUAUUACUUUUAUACUGUUUGAAAUGACCUGUUUUGCUAUCAGGAACCUUGAUUCAUAUCUUGCGUAGUGUUAUUUCCUGUUCUUAAACUAAUGUACUUUUUUUUUAAACAAAAAGCCUACCAGGAAGUCUACCCUAAGUAGUCUGGUUUGCCAGUUGCAUUUUGAUUUUAAAGACAUACAGACAAGGAAACGAUGCCAUUUAUAAAGAAGAAUGUGUAUGUACAUGUAUACAAGCUUUAGCUCCCCACACCUGCUCUUGCUACAGUCCUGUUGAGGAUCCCUGCCUGAAGAAGCCACUUUUACUGGAGGGAGUCUGUCAUAUACCUCAGCUGUGUUGGAGAAAAAAAAAAAAAAAAAGAUUGAGGACUGUUAAAGAUCUCUAGCAUUGCUUAAAUUCUUAAAACUAAUGAUCACCCUCAUGCUGUAACUCCUCAUAUCUACUGUCUGUGAUUUGGUUCAGCUAAAGAAGUAAGCAGGUCAUGGCACGUUUAACAAAAAGACGACAGGCGGAUACAAAAGCUAUCCAGCAUCUUUGGGCAGCUAUUGAGAUUAUACGGAACCAGAAGCAAAUUGCCAACAUUGACCGUAUUACAAAGUAUAUGUCUCGAGUCCACGGUAUGCAUCCAAAAGAGACCACCCGUCAGCUGAGCUUAGCUGUGAAAGAUGGUCUUAUUGUUGAAACUCUAACGGUGGGCUGCAAAGGUUCAAAAGCUGGUAUUGAACAAGAAGGAUAUUGGUUGCCAGGAGAUGAGAUUGCCUACAGUAUGCAGCCUUUCUCCAGGACAGCAACCCCAAACAAGGACUGGGAAACAGAAAAUCAUGACUGGUAUUGUUUUGAAUGCCAUUUGCCUGGAGAGGUGUUGAUAUGUGACCUGUGUUUUCGUGUGUAUCAUUCCAAGUGUUUGUCUGAUGAGUUCAGGCUUAGAGACAGCAGUAGUCACUGGCAGUGCCCAGUUUGCAGGAGCAUUAAGAAGAAAAAUACAAACAAACAGGAGAUGAGCACAUACCUGAGAUUCAUUGUCUCCCGCAUGAAGGAGCGGGCUAUAGAUCUUAAUAAAAAGGGGAAAGACAAUAAACAUCCAAUGUACAGGAGGCUGGUGCAUUCAGCGGUUGAUGUUCCCACCAUACAAGAGAAAGUGAAUGAAGGGAAAUACCGAAGUUAUGAAGAGUUCAAAGCUGAUGCUCAACUGCUUCUCCACAACACAGUGAUUUUCUAUGGAGCAGACAGUGAGCAAGCUGACAUAGCAAGGAUGCUAUAUAAAGACACAUGUCAUGAGUUGGAUGAACUACAGCUUUGCAAGAAUUGCUUCUAUUUGUCUAAUGCUCGUCCUGACAAUUGGUUCUGCUAUCCUUGUAUACCUAACCAUGAGCUGGUUUGGGCUAAAAUGAAAGGUUUUGGGUUUUGGCCAGCCAAAGUCAUGCAGAAAGAGGACAAUCAAGUUGACGUUCGCUUCUUUGGUCACCACCACCAGAGGGCCUGGAUUCCUUCUGAAAACAUACAAGAUAUCACAGUCAACAUUCAUCGGUUGCAUGUGAAGCGCAGUAUGGGCUGGAAAAAAGCAUGUGAUGAACUUGAAUUGCAUCAACGUUUCCUUCGUGAAGGAAGAUUUUGGAAGUCUAAGAACGAAGACCGAGGUGAGGAAGAGGCAGAAUCCAGUAUCUCUUCUACCAGUAAUGAGCAGCUGAAGGUCACUCAGGAACCAAGAGCAAAGAAAGGACGACGUAAUCAGAGUGUGGAACCCAAAAAAGAAGAACCAGAGCCUGAAACUGAAGCAGUAAGUUCUAGCCAGGAAAUUCCCACAAUGCCUCAGCAAAUCGAAAAAGUUUCAGUUUCAACUCAGACCAAGAAGUUAAGUGCCUCUUCUCCAAGAAUGCUGCAUCGAAGCACUCAGACCACUAAUGAUGGAGUGUGUCAAAGCAUGUGCCAUGACAAAUACACCAAAAUUUUCAAUGACUUUAAAGACCGAAUGAAAUCUGAUCACAAGCGAGAAACUGAAAGAGUUGUGCGAGAAGCUCUAGAAAAGUUGCGUUCUGAAAUGGAAGAAGAAAAAAGACAAGCUGUAAAUAAAGCUGUAGCCAAUAUGCAGGGUGAGAUGGACAGAAAAUGUAAGCAAGUAAAGGAAAAGUGUAAAGAAGAAUUUGUAGAAGAAAUUAAGAAGCUAGCAACACAGCACAAACAACUAAUUUCUCAGACCAAGAAAAAACAGUGGUGCUACAACUGUGAAGAGGAAGCCAUGUACCACUGUUGCUGGAACACAUCGUACUGCUCAAUCAAGUGUCAGCAGGAGCACUGGCAUGCGGAACACAAACGUACCUGUCGCCGGAAAAGAUGAAAGCCGGAUUCUUCCUGGAGAAUCAUGCCCAAUGAUUACUAUUCCCAGACACAGCGGUUUUUGUUUCCAAGAAGCCAAAAUUGUUUAGAAUUUGCUUCCCAUUUUGCACCAGCCUUUAAACACUUUUCGUGAAGAAAUUUUGCACAGUAGUUUAAAUCUUUUGUUAAUGCUCCUCCAGAGUUUUUCAGGAGGUCAAAGUAACAUCAGCGGAGGGUAUUAUUUUAAAUAAAUGUUAAUUGAGAAUCUGUUGCAUUUUCAGCAAAUUUUAAAACAUUUUUAGGUUUUACAGAGAUUUUAACCUUUAAACAACAGAUCUUUAAAAGAAAAACAACAGUUGAGUUUAACAAAGAAGCAUUUAAAAUAGAUCUGAAUGUAAGAACUACGGAACUGUUUCAGAAACAAAACAUACUACCUUGAUGUAACAUUUAUUUCUUAACCUUGUUGAGCUGGUUUUGUUCAGCUUGAUUUACUGUUUAAAGGCAUUAUCUGUUGGGUAUGCCAGUGGGUAUUAUGAUUGAAUUAGGGAACAGGGUUGACACAGCAGGUGCUAGUCCUGCAUAUUUUUUCUUAAAUAUUUCCCAAUUGUGUUUUUCAUUAUUUCUUUUCAAUAUAUAACUUUUAUAACAAAUUAUUAGCUUUGAUCUUGUAGUGUAAAAUUGCAGGGAACUGGGGUAAUCUUUUACUGAGCUGGAUCUUAGAGAAAAUGAAUAUUUAAAUUUUAAAGUUUGCACAUUUCAUCUUUGUCCUAACAUGAGUGCUUGUAACAAAAUAGACAAGAAAUCAAAAUAAAAAGCCAAAAACUACCUUUAUCCAUACGUGAAAUUAUAGAUGAGGCAUUCAAAUUUCUUUAAUGCUUCCCUCCCCCUCCCCAAAUAUCAUCUGACUGCCUAUUAUCUGGUGUCACCUAGUAUACUGUAAGUUAAUACCGAAAGGAAAGAAAGCACUUAGGUUUCACAGAAGCCGUUAUGUUUGUAGUAAUGGGGCACUGCCUAUUCAUGAACUCCAUCAGUGUACACAGAAUGAAGAAUAAUGCAUGUUACUUUUCUUGUAUUAAAGAUGCCGUGAUUUGUAAAAAGUCUGUAUUUUGCGGAAUGUCUGGAUUAAGAAGCAUUACCAAUAGGAAUGGAUCGAUAGUUGAAUAAUGAUUUUUUUUUAUACAUAGAUAUAUAAAAUACAGCCAGGAAAAGUUAAAUUACUUUUUUUAAAAAAAAAUCUCACAAUUUAAGUUUUUUCAAAAGCUGACUGAUCUUAGACCAAGUCAAAUUUCCAUUUAUCAUUUAGUUAUUUUUUGAGGUUAGAGAAAUAAUUUGUAAAUAUUUAUUUAGAUCUUUGAUAUUUAUUAAAGCAAUUACACACAAUGGAAGUGAAAGAAUCAGGAGAAAAACCUUUAAAAAAGUUUUCUCUAGGUUUGUCAGGGUCACUCUAAACAUAAAAAUGUAACUAAGUCUUCUGUGAAAUAAUCUAUCCAAUCCUGAUACUUUUGCAGAUGGUGGUGACACAAGUUAAUUGACAAGCUACUGCCAAAUGGUGCACAAUACUUUGUAGUAAUGACAUUUCAAACGAUGUACCUAAAUUACGCAGUAACUCGGAACGAUCAGCCCCUCCUUGCUGCUGGGUAAUUCCUCAUGCUGCCACAGAGUUGUGGUACUGACUGAAUCAUAAUACAUUAUAACCAAGAAAAGUUAACCUUCUCUGAUUGCUUUUCAACUUUUAAAACUUCGAUCCACCCCUAUGAGAGCAAGUUAUUGUGGAAAUAUUUUUGGUGUAAAAUCAUUCCAGAGUAUGUAAUAUUUAACUGAUAGCUGCAUGAAAGUAAGAUUCAUGUUACUUUGGCUUUUUUGUCUCUGUUGACACGGUUGCACAUUUCCAAGUUACUACAGCGUGAAAACUGUGUGUUAAAAACAAACAAAAAAAAUUAAAAGAGAUUGUGGCCUGGUUUUGUAAAA